AGUACCGAAUUUUGUUUAGUAAAUAGGCGAUUAAUAUCUUUAUGAAAAACAGUUCAAUUAAUUUAAGAGCAUUUAGUAUUCACUACAGUACCUAGACUACCUAAAAUAUUUGGAUGCCUAUCGAUCUAUAAUCGGGUGUGACAGAUUGAGCAAACACAGUCUAGACAAGUACCUCGUGCGUAUUUUUCAAUCACUGGGUACUUAAUACAAUGGAACGGAUGACGUAAGUGCGUCAGCAGCAGGUAAAGAAACUUAGAUUUUAUCAUGAUAAAAUAUACUUUCACUUAUUAUAUCUAUAACAUUAAAUUUGUCACAGUUAACCAAAUCAAAUGACACAAAGUUUUUUUUAAUCCAAGCUUCAGAGUUGCCGACUAUUCAAUGUAAUGAAAGAUUUAUUAGGACACUGUUGUAAUGAGACUGUCAACAAUAUCUCCGUCAGAUAAGACAUUUGCAUAUCGAUUAGGGAAUUAGCAUAACUUAAUACGUUACGAAGCAAAAUACUAUGAAUAAUGAGAUCACCUUAUUAUCUUGCCUUUAGAAAAGCGUAGGCUUUAUGCCUCAAGGCGUAUAUAAAGCAGCCUGAAAACUUAGUAUUCCGUCACACGGUAACAGGCAACCGACCAAACAUCUAGACCAAACAGCAAACAAAUUUGAAGGUGACCUCGAGACAGGUAAAUCCCUAAGCAAGGCGCGACCGAUCUGAAAGUCUAUACCCUAUGAAUCAACAAAUGUCGGAAUAGGGCGAAGCCAAUAUUUACCGUCUCGAAGAAACUUUCUUUAGUCUUCGAAAGCUCACCUAAGGGAAGGUAGGUUUGAGCUCAGUACAUUUAAAAUAAUCAAAACAAGUUUGACUUUAAAAGUUUCCUGUGCUUCCAGUGAGAUUUGAAUUUAAAAAAUGGACAAUAAAUCUCAACGGCGAAACAACGAAAACCAGAAGAAGGUUGAAGCUUUGGACUUUCUAAGCUUUAUGAGAAGACCUAACUGUAUCGCUGAAAUUUUGCGACAGCAUACUCAAAUAAUCGAAGAAUCAAACAAUUACUAUUAUUUGAAGAUGAAAACUAAAGACAAUAAAUCACAAGGGCCCCUACGCUCUCUGCUCUGCCUUCCGAAGAACGUUAAUCAAAAAACCGACAGCGCUUUUUGUAGCGUUGAUGGCUAUAAUGUGAAAAAUAAGUUUCUAUGCACUCGCAGUCCGAACCAAGACAGCUUGUACCAGUUCUGGAGCAUGGCGUAUAAAAAGAAUAUUCAUAUCAUCGUUAUGUUAUCUCCGAUUGAUAAUCUGAUGAGACACCGAUACUGGAGCUUGGAAGAAGACGAAGUGUUUGAAUGCCGUGAAUUUAGAAUAGAAACCCUACAAGUUGAUGUGCAAGCUUUUUAUAUUACAACAACUCUGCAGCUGAAGCAUGAAAAUGGUGCAGUGCGAAAAAUAGUGCAUUUCAAUUACACCGGUUGGCCGGUGGACAAUAUUUCGCAUCACCCAAAAGAGUUCAUAAGUUUUAUUUUGACAGUGAAUAGCGCACGUGAUGAAGUAGAUAAGCUAUCUGCACGAAACUCCCAUACCCUUGGACCCAUAAUGGUACAUUGUAGUGAUGGUUUCAACAAUUCCUGUGUGUACUGUUUGUUAGAUAUCUGUAUAUCUGAAUUUGGAGCUACCAGUAAUGUAUCUGUACCUAACACUUUUUCAAAGAUAAGACAGCAAAAUCGUCAUGCCAUUAGUCAGCCGGAGAAUUAUGUUUAUUGUUAUCAAGCUCUAUAUGUUUGGAUUUCAUCAAUAUCAAAUUCUUUGCACCAUUAAACUUGUGUAUUUUGAUAACCUAUGU